AUGAACAGUACCAACGGCAAACAGUGGGUUCUCCUGGCAGCGGGUUCUAAAGGCUGGGAGAACUACGGUAACCAGGCCAAUGUGUGUCACGCUUACCAGGUUGCACGCCGGAAUGGGAUUCCCGAUAAACAGAUAGUGGUGAUGAUGUAUGAUGAUAUUGCUAAUAAUGAAAAAAAUCCCUUUCCUGGAAAUAUCAUCAACAUACCAAAUGGCCCAAAUGUUUACCCUGGAGUUCUAAAGGACUACACUGGAGCGGAUGUAUCAGCUGAAAACUUUCUGGCUGUACUGCGUGGAGAUUCAUCUGCUGUCAAGAAAAAAGGGCCAAAAAAAGUAAUACAAAGUAGUGAAAAUGAUUCUAUCUUCAUCUACUUAACAGACCAUGGAAGUUCUGGCGAGUUCUCUUUUCCUCAUUCCACACUUUACGCACAUGACCUCAUUGACACAGUGAAUAUGAUGUCAAGGAAUGGCAAAUUUUCAAAGAUGGUCAUCUAUUUGAUAGCAUGUCAUGCUGGAUCAAUGCUGGAGAAGCUGCCAAACAAUGGCAAUGUGUAUGCAGUUGCUUCGUGCCAGCCUGAGGAAACGUCCUCUACUUGCUUCUAUGACCAGAAAAGAGAUACCAGUCUUUCUGAUACCUUCACCUAUCACUGGCUACACCACACUGAGACAGUAAAGCUUAAUGUGACUUCCCUUGGAGAUCAGUUUUCCUACCUGCAGAGAAACGUCAGUGAGGCUAGGAGAAAGGAAGGAAAAUCUCAGACACCAUGUGUCUAUGGUGACAAGGCUAUGCUCAAGUUAACACUGAGUGAAUUUCUUGGACAAUCUUGGUGUUCGCUGUGGGACAUGGUACAGAAGCUCUUCUUUUGAUCCAAGGAAACAGGAUUAAAAAUGAAUGGGACUUGAAGAAAAGAGGCCCUCAAAAGACCAUAUAAUGAGUUUAUAAGACUGAGUAAGCCACAUCUAGUGUACUGCAUCAAUUACAGUCCUUAAUUCUGAAGAGAAAUUGUGUAUACCAGUUCCUGUGGGCAACAUUAUUAUUUAGAAGCUGCAAAAACUCAAAUCACAAUAUUCAUACUUCCUGUAUCCAUAUCCUGAUUACUCAUCGACAUUAACCAGUACUAAUUAAUUUAGAACAUUCUAACACAAUCAUUGGCAUCUCAUACUUUUUUAAAAUAGAUGUUAUUCUUGGGCAGCAGAUUUUAUCAUUUAAUAUAAAACAAUAAUUUGCAUAAUAAUAGAUUGUAACGGGCGGCACGGUGGUGUAGUGGUUAGCUGUAGCUGUAGUUAGGUGUAAGCACCGUAGGUGUGAAUGUGAGUGUGAAUGGUUGUUUGUGUCUAUGUGUCAGCCCUGAGAUGACCUGGCGACUUGUCCAGGGUGUACCCCGCCUUUCGCCCGUAGUCAGCUGGGAUAGGAUCCAGCUCACCCGUGACCCUGUAGAACAGGAUAAAGCAGCUACAGAUAAUGGAUGGAUGGAUAGAUAGAUUGUAACUGUCACAAUGGAGCAUUUGCAUGUGACGUCACAGCCGAUCCAGAUUGUAACAGACGCCAUCUUAUCGGUCAAACGCCAUAUUUCCGCCUUCUACUUCUACCUUUUCUUCUGGAAAACCCUACUAUAUACAAUUCUACUACAACGGCUGUGGCUACAAGCUCUCCCUACCUGUGCAUGUUUUUUAUGUUUUUUGUGUGUAUUUUUGCGUGUUGUUCAUCUGUACCGGACUUCAAUAUCCACUACAACCGUAUGGACUUACUGGACAUUGGUUUCCAGCAGAAAAUGACGGUUUGUAGCGAUUUCCAUCGCAUGCACAACAUUCCGGAUGAGAUAGCGAGACCAGCGGGGUCUCCGUGGAUUGUUAUCGGAAACAAAGCGAAGGAGGCGGCGCCGGGAGCGGAAGCAAAAGCGAGGCUGCAGAGCCGGCCUGUUGACUAAGCUCAGAAAACAGCUACUCAAAUCUCCACUGCUAAGCCUCUAUCUCUCCAACGCCAGAUCCAUGGUAAACAAGAUGGACGAUUUGGAAUUACAGCUGGAAUUACCUUAUUCUAUUCUAUAAUCGGCUGGUCAGUGCUAUACUCAAUACUUAAGUGACUUACCCGUCCAAUGAGGAUUAUUUUCUUGUUUACAAGAUGCCGCGGCUGACAAAUCCUGAAUUUCUGUAAAGAUAACUGUCCAGAGAUUUAUAAGCACGCAGUGCUUCACCACUGAACAGCGAGUGAAAGUUGAUGAGGUAAUUAUACACGUCUGGGUAUUCCGCUGGCAGUUCCAUAUCCACUGACACGGUCGUGAAAACUCCGUCCGGUAAGCCAUAAGGGUCACUAAUCUGUAGAUCGUUUAUUUUAGACAUAUAUCUAGUUAUCUCUUCAUUAGAAAAAUGAGCCGUGUAGUCCGUCGGUUGAAAUUGAUCCAUUCUGUACACGAGUGCAGUAGUAUUCAGCUGUGUUUUUUACCGACAAGAUGGCGGCUGUGUACUUUCCGGUCACGUGACUGCAAGAUCUCUAUAGGAGAAGGAGGCAGACUCUGAUAGGUGCAUAGAAUCUAAACUUUAAUAAUAUUUAUAAGGCAAAAUAAACAAAGUAGCAAGAGCUGAAAUAUAACUAUAAACACAAACUAAGAACUUGGGCAGAAUUGAGAUGAAACAUGAACACAACAACCAGAUACCAAAACUCACGCAAUGCCAAGCAAAGAGCAAGUUCGAGAGAGUCUUUGGACUGUGGAAGGAAACCAGAACACCUGGAGGAAACCCACGCAGGCACAGAGAGAACAUGCAAAUUCCACACGGAAAGACUCCUGUCGUCGGCCGUGAGAUUGGAACCCAGAACCUUCUUGCUGUAUGGCAAUGGUGCUAAAGGAAAACGUGAACAGAAUCAGUAAAAAACAAGACUUGAAAAUCAGAAUGGGUUGUAUAUUUAAGAUAAGAUAAGCUUUACUGAUCCCCUGUCGGGGAAAUUCACUCGUUACAGCAGUUCCAAAGCCAAAAAAAAGAAAGUAAAAGAGUGUAAGAUUGAAAUCAGAAAAACACAGUGUGUAAUAGAAGUGCUGGAUAAUUAGAUAUUACACAUUAUACAUACUAUUUACUACAUACACACAGUACCCUCCACAAUUAUUGGCACCCCUUGUAAAGAUGAGUUAAAAGGAUUAGAAAAAAAAUUCCCCUUUGGUGAAGUUUCUUCGUCUCACGCUGAAAAAAAAAUCCAACCUUUAUUUGAAAUAAAUUUAUUCAGAGAAAAACAAAUCUCUCAUCAAGAAAUAAUUAUUUUCAACAAAAACAUAAGUGGCUUAUUGACACCCCUGGAAAUGAUUGUGAACACAAUGCAACUGAAGCAUGUUUCCCAUUUAAAUUGUCCAUCCCUUUUCCUCCUCUUUAGCUCUGUGGAGAUCGCUAGUCUCUUCCCCGGGACUAGUUGUGUGUGACGCAGUGCCAACAGUUGCGACUGGGUGUAAACCAUAGAGCUGAAAUUGAAUGGAUUUCCCAAGGCAGUUGUGCGUAUUCCAAAAAUAAGCAAAAUGCAAACUGCUAAUCUCACCAAUUGCACAUCCCUAGACGCAUAUGGAGAUUUGUGUCAAAUAAUUAAAAUAGCACAACAAAAUACACAGAAAGCACACAGAAUACAGUAAAAUUCUUAAUUUCCCUGAGGGAACCCCCCCAAAGGGAUCAAUAAAGUUUUAUCUAAUCUAAUCUAAAAACACUGAAGGAAGGUCAGCGCUUCUCAAACAGGCUGCCAUUCACGCGGUGCUGGAGGUGAAA